AUGCCGCGCCUGCCACCUGGCUUCGGCGAGGAGGCCGUCUGGUCGCAGUCGAUCGGGCAAGGACCUCCGUCAAUGCAGCGGAAAACUGCCUUCCUCGGCCCUCCUUCGGCUGAAGCGAAGGAAGAGCCACCGCCGCCGCGAUGCUACAAUCGACAGGGGCAGGUUUGCAACAUGUCCGCUCUCCCGGAAGACGAGGAGAAGGAGGCCGUCCUAAACAAGCGCAUGGAGCGUCUACAGGCGGACAUGCAGCUCCGGCCAAAGCUGUACCUUGGGAGCCAAGAUGUCAUGAGCCAAGUCGACAAGGCGAAUGCCCUAUCUGCCGAAGAGCUCAAGAACAUGGAGGCUAACGCCGAGGCCUACGAAGUGGCGCAUAUGGACGCCGCACUCAUGAUUCGAAGUACUGUGGGACAGGUUGCUGUUUAG